CCAGUGCGCAUGUCCGACAAAAAAAACUCCAUUAUUUUUUUUCUCGGAAUCUGUAAGAAAAAAUAGCCGUGGAAACUAUGAAUUUGGGAUUUCGUGACUCAUUAUUAUGGUUUUGUGUGUGGAUAACAGCGACUGUGGGACGGUUUAGCGGCAGCACACGGAGCACAGUGACGGCUGCAUAGCUGAGCAGCGGGAGCGGAGCGGGACAUCCUCCAGUCUUGUCGGGACUCUCCACAAUCAAGUAAAUUUCAGUCAGUUAGCUCUGUUAGCGUAGCCUAGUGGGCUUUUAGCACCGACAUCCCAGGCGCAGGAAAAUGAAGCGUUAUUGCCCUUUGUUUUUAAAAAUCCGACCGACUGACGUAGCAUAAGCCCCGAAAGCUAACUGGUCGCAGUAGCACGGGAUCUAAACUGUGGGAUUUGUUUAUUUUUCGGCUUUUUAUUAGUGUGCGCCGUUUUCAAAACACUCUCUGGCUAGUCCGUUAGCUAACCAGCUAACUCUUGAUUCUCCCGCGACCCGAAGAAGCCAGGAGUCCAAAACUUGGCCAGCAGGCAGAGAGAGGGUCUCACGGGUCCUGCUACCACUGACGCUAGCUAUCGGCUUUCAGCUCUUCAACAACAUCCGAGCUCUUUCUCUGAUGUGAACUGAAGAGAGAAAUCUGUAGGAGUCAUCCUCUAAACUCAGGAGCUGUCUCGUAGCUCGGGAAAGUCUAGGUUUUGGGGCAUCGACUCAGGUUUUACUGGCAGUCUGUGUGCUUCUAACCCACCAGCAUGUACAUUGGACAGUGGAUACCUUAGCCAAAACAGAUCCUGGCUUCCCAAAGAUGACAAGGUGCUGGCAGGCUGCAGCUACAAAAUGAUGGGAGGCAGUGAGACUGUCAGUGGGGACAAGGAUGGUGUCCACUCCACUGCAAUACAUGUCCCCAUCGGCUGGCAGAGGAGAGUGGAGGCGGGGCAGGUGAUCUAUGUCAGUCCCAGUGGCACUGUCCUGUCCUCUCUGGACGAGGUCAAGGCCUAUUUGUUGACUGAUGGCACCUGCAAAUGUGGUCUGGAGUGUCCGCUCAUCAUCCAUAAGGUUUUCAACUUCACUGUGGGAGUGAAGGUGGAACAGCACAGCCAGCCUGUAGGCAAAACGGAGCAGGACAUGACCAAACUGUGUAACCAUCGAAGGAAAGUGGUAGCAAUGGCUGCUCUGUGUCGCAGUAUGCAUGCCUCACAGCUGCCCUUUGCCAACCCUCAUCAUGCUGAGCUGAGCAGUCGAGUGGAUAACCGCAAUCCAAAUGGAAUUCUCGUAGAGCGGGAAGAAGAGGACCGUUGCUUUUACCAUCCUAAACUCCAUUCAGUCCCUGUCCGAUCCCACAACAACGUCCACUCAAACAACUGUACCAGCCCCAAAUCCUCCCACCAGUUUAUCUACCCUUACAAUGGUUCCUCCCCCAUCCUUCACGCAGGCACAAACCCAUACCAUUCCUUAGAUACGUUGAGAAGGCUUCACCAUCCUCCUUCUCUCCCUGCAUCCUCCACCUCUUCCUCCACGUCCUCAUUUACAUCUUACUCCGCUGCUCAGAAGUCACCCCGCACCCCUACACCUCAAGGUCAAAGAACACCCAAAACUCCAGAGACCCCUGGUUCUCCACGGCUAGGGCCCCUUUCUCCACCUCCUCCAUCUUCCCCGAUGACAGUUGGAGUAGGUAGAGGUGGACAGACUCACGGUUAUCAUCCUCAUGGUGUCAUUGUUGGAGGCUCCACUCCUUCUCAAUCACCGUCUUACUCAACCUCUGUCCAUAACAUGAACUGUGUUUCUCCUCACCAGCGGACCCGCCACCCUUCAGCCUCUCCCUCCUCUCUCUCUGAGCAGGGUGGCAGCUCAACAGCAGCAGAAGGAGGAGGACAGAUGGGAAGUAAUUUUGCUCAGAGGAGGAAAUCCACCUCUUCCUCUCCCCAUUCCCCUAUCUCUGGUGGCUCCCCCAACCUUAGUCCUCAUUUCCCCAAGUACAAGCUGGAAGAUAUCUUGGAGCAGUUUAAAAACUCAGGCAACAGCAGCACUAAUAACCAUCUCUUAAACCCUAAUAACCCCUCCUUACUGACCAACCAAAGCAUUAGCAACAUUCAUGCUCAUUCAUUGAAGCCUUCAAAGAGCGUCAUGAGUCAGACUUCUAGCACAGGACCACCAGGUUUGGGGAUAAACUCCACAGGUCCCUCUAGUUUACCCUUGGGUGCAUUUCUGAACCACCAUCACAGCCACCCGGACAAAAUACCACACCCAGGUUCUUUUCCUGCAAGUAAUUUGCUCUCUGCAGCUGCCAAGGCUCAGCUGGCAAACCAGAAGACCCAGGGUCAGAGCUCAAAUGCUGCCAGCAACCAAGUGAGCUUGUCCCCUUCUUUGGAGGUAUUGAAAGAGGCACAGCAGCAACAGUCAUCAAAGGUAACUAACAGCACUUUACAUAACAGCAACCUUCCCUCCUCCACUGCUUCUAGACCUCCCCAUCCCUCCCUCGCAGCAGCCUCUGCCAUCCUCUUUCCUCCAUGCCACUCUCUGGCCCAGUCCCUGGCCUCCUCUUUGCCCCACCCGUCUCCCUCAGCAGAGCGCAACGCAUCACACAGGAAGAGGCAGCGACGAUCUCCAACAGUGCUCAGCAUGCUUAGAGACACCCAGCAGUUGGCUAAUGGGCCACAGAAACCCCCAUCAGGAGAAGCUGUUUCUGCUACAGUUAUCAACCUUUCCUCGUCGCACUCCCCUUCCUCUACCUCAGCUGUGCAGAACCAGAAUGCGUUCAUGUUGGAAACCCAUCAUCAUCAUAAUGUCCUCCCUGGGCAGAUGCCCAGGCUCCUUGCUUCUCGACAGACGGCACACCUAUCCAGGCCCCCACGCCAAAAUGAGGCUCUGGAUUACACUACAGGCCUGACACCUGCACCUCUUGGCUUGGAUCCUCCAACCCAGCCUCUGUCUGCUCUGUUACACCUGCUCAGUCUGCAGAAUGCACAGGCCACAGCCUCGGCUCCAGCAUCUAACUCUGCUGCUGCACAAGGAUCUGUGUCUGUUGAAGGAGUUGGACACACUAAUAAACGGAGCCCCAGACUGUCACCCUCUUCUCCCUCCCCCCAGUUUAGUAUCAGGCAUCCACAGACUCACUCGCCCUACCGAACCAAUGACACUACUUCUCUGCCACAGCCUCUUUCUCCUCCCUCCACUUCCAUGCAGUUCCGAUCAGUACAGUCCCAUUCACACGCUCCAACUAGUAAAUUAAGUUCUCUACAGAGACAUUUUGCUUCUUCAACACUGCCCCCUAACUCAAAUGUAGCUUUACUCAACAGCAGCGGCCCAUCUCAACAUAUGUCCCCACCUUCAGAUAAGCCUCAACCAACUGAGAACCACAUUCCUACAGUAGACUCUGCUUACCAGACACCUUUACAGGAAGCCUCACCAGAGCGCACUGUGGCAGAGAUGGAGAUGGGCACUAACAGCUCAUCAACAUCUGUGGACCUGACUCAUUCGCAAGGUAGUCUUUCUAUGGCAAUAUCCACCUCCCCGAAGCCUCUCGACCUUAGCAACCAUGUCCUGGCCCUUCUUGCAGCAUCCUCCACUGUGCCACACGGGGGGGACGAUUCUUCUGACAGAACCUCUGAUGUUGAGAAGUCUUCCCCAGGAAAUCAUGCUACAGGUCCAGGAGAGCCUGGAUGUUUGGACCAAAAGGUCUCCACAGCAACCAAACCUGCAGCAGUUGUCAUCCCUGUGCUAGCCAACUCGUCUCGUCUUGUGGAUCAUAGCAAUCUUCCGCCUGCCCCUUCAACUGUAGGUGACUCAACGACUUCUUUACCUCUGGCAGAGGCCUUCCCCUUUAUGAACCAGGAACAGCUUCUUCAGCUGCUGUCAUCCACAGGGGGGCUACCAUCCCUCCUGGACCCCACAGUCCUUGCUUCAUUGCCCCUUGGGGGGCUGUGGUUGGGAGGACAACAUGCACAGUUGCCCCCUGCCAAUGCUGCACUACAAACACCACAUAAUCUUGCUGAGCAGCAGCAGUUACUGUUACAACAAGAGACACAGCAGCAAAACCAGGAUCAACAACAGAAGCAGCAACAGAUAAACAGCAACCCUCUCUUUCCUUUGUUGCCGUUCUUGAGUGGAGCUCAAGGGGAAAUGCCUCUGAACCUUUUGGGCCUAUUGAACCCACUCCCACCACCAGCCUCAAAUUGUGCCCCAGGACAGGAUACUGAUUUAGGGCUAAUAGAAAAGCCAACCCUUCAGGCUUUGCUUAUGGCCUCCUUGUUGCUCGGGCAACAACAGGCACCUUUGAUACCUCUGUCUGGACUGGGUCAGUUGAGCCAGGUCAGCUUGGAAGUUCCCCUCCAACAGCCACAGCACAUCCCCACUACUUUGGAGGGCCUUACUGUGGAUAAGGUCUCUGGCCUUUUAGAUCCAUCUGCCCUACCGGGUCCAGGGCUCUUGGAGCUUGCCCAGGGACUUCUCCCCAUCACUCCUGGAGUAGAGGGCACUCUCCAAGCUCUGCAGUCUUUGCUCCUUCCUGCUGCUCUUCCUCCUCCCCCUGCAGCCUUCCUACCCCUCAGCCCUGCCUUGCUCACUGCUGCCCUGAACUCUGCUGAGCUCCACUCACCUCCCCACAACCAAUUAGUUCCUGCACAGCAAACCCAACAUACCCAACCUCAGGUACCUACUGAUGCCGGUGUUGACACACUUAUACCCCUGUCUCUCCAAGCUAAAGACAACCCAAUCCUCCAACAGUUACUUCCCACUUUGCUUAACCCUGCGUUGUUAGGAGAUCUCUCUGGCAUCGCAGGCCUUCAUAACAUGUUGGGGAUUGGAGCUGGUUCCAUUAUCCUACCCCCAGUCCAAGCUUCUGCUUUGGGUAUGCCUCUGCUGCAGGGUCCUGAUGGGGCCAUCAACCUGCUUAACAAUAUACAGCUAAACCUUGCACCACCUUCUGAGGGAGAGAAGCCAGUUUCAAUGCAAGAAACACAAAGCUCUGCCCCACAGGAAGACAUUCCAGCCAGUCAGAUUGCACCUGAUGCAGUUCCCAGUCCGGCUUCUGGUCCAUCUACAGCUCCUGCCCAUGAACCCACUCAUCCCCCCCAUCGAGAAUCUGAAGGCAGGUCCAUUAUUGAUCCUUACACAUCUUUCAUGGAUACAAUUUAUACCUCCUUCCUUCAAGUCAGUGCUAAAGAGCAGGAAGAUGGGGCCCAUUUAGGGCCAUCUGACCCUACUUCACCCUUCUGUGCCUUACCGCCAGUUUCUUUCCCCAUGGAGCACCAUACCCCCUCCACGUCAGUCCCAACUCUGCCACAGGCAAGUGCUCCAGUCUCUCUAAGUCCACGCAGGGCGUGUUCCCUCCGCAAUCCAGACUUAUCCCGACUCAGCCUGGAAGCAGCAGCCCAUUCCCCUGCCCAGGGGACACCCAAACCCACUGAGGACGGGUCUACAUUGCCCUUACAAAGGAAACCAGUCAUAGUAGAAGGACAUACCCACCCAGAGCCACCUAUGCCACCCAUAUACUUGGAGGAGGCUAAAACAGACUGUACUGGGCCGGCUACAGCUGUUUGCCCUUUUGUGGAGGCAGGUGGGGAGAGGCAAGGUCACCUUCCACAUUCAGGGUACCUCAGUUCCAUGGAUGGAUGCAGUGGGAGACCUGAUGAGGAGACCACCGGGACACUGCUGCACUCGGAACAGGAAAGGGAUCCACCUGGAACCGUGGGUGGACCCAGAAGAGGAAGGAAAAGAAAACAAACGCUACAGAAUGUGUUGGAAGACUUCAGAGACAUGGAUGCUACAGCACUAGAGGAAACCAAGGCUACGACGGCACUGCUGAAGCCUGAGAGGUCAGUCCGUGGCAGGAGGCGAAGAGGCGCAAGGUCUCAGAGACAGUGAUUGGUGGAGGGAGCUGUCAGUCACAGCUGUGCAUCAAUUAAAGGCGACCACAUCCCCUCCAUCUCCAUUUAGACCUUUUUUUUUAUCAAUUCAACUGCACUAAAAUGUUGUUGUCAUGUCAACCAUUGUUAUGGCAACCACUAUGGAAAAACACAUAGGAGAGAGAUCUAGUUUGAAAAAUGAAUUUAUUAAAAAGGAAAGUGGAAAAAAAUGGAAGAGUUUGUGGAUACUCUUUCACUUAGGUCUACUCUUAGGUCUAGUUCACAAUUUAAUGGUCACUUAAGUUGACAUUGUGAUCAGAGAUCUGUUAAUCAUGCUUGGUGUUAGACUUACAGUAUGUCAGUGAGAAAAUACAAAAAAAUAACAAAUGAGUACUGUUUUCUUCUCAUCAGUGUGUAACUGAGUCAGGAUAAAGCCCAUCUACUUGAACGAUGCUCUCUGUUGAAGGUGUGUCUGUAUGUGUGUGGAUGUGUGUCUUUUUAUGUGUCUGAGUGUGUUUUGGACAAACAGUGCUGUUGCUGAGCCCAUCACUGUCCAAACAUUGUUUCAUUUUAUUUUUUUAGUAAACACUCUUCAUAAGUUUUAAAGAGACACAGCCAAUGUUUUCAGAGAAAUGUUCUGAAAGGUGCUGAAAGACAAAUAUAAUAAGACUUUUUUUCCUUUCCUCAGUAUAAUAUAAACUUAAUAUGGACCAAGCCAAGAAACAAUGUGGUUCACUCCAUCAGGUUUCUUAGCCAGUUUACAUCAACGACUUGUCACACCUUUUAUGUUGUUAAACACAUUCUGUGAGAUUUAAUGGUUUGUAUAUCACUAAUCAUCUUAGGAACUAAGGAAAUAUUGAUUUUAACAUCAGGGUUUUUCCAACAGAUCAGGAAACUAAAUUUAAAUUUAUCUGACCACACCCACUUUGCUGAUUUCUACAAGGUCUACAACAAUUCUGAAUUCAUUCAGAAAACCUUUGAGCACCUUUUUCCCACUUUGUAACUCACUUAAAUUUCACAUGCUGCUUUUUUUGUCGUCGUGGAGAACUGUUUGUAGCUGCGGUGUGACUGUCUGUUUACAUCACACCCACCCAAACCUUCACUCCCUCCUCCUUCAGCCAUGAGAUAAAUGUCUGGAAAAAUUAUUUCAUUUUGAAAAUGAAGUUUUGCAGGAAACCUUUGGUUAUUGAAAGUACAGUUUGUUUUUGAUUGUAUGAACAAAUGGCAGGAGAAACUAAUACACAGAGAGUGAUAAUGUCUUAGGUGGAUCUUUUGAGUCCGUGUGUUACUGUGGAUUUAGAGUAAUAUCUUCCCUCUGUCUCAUAUCACUGUUUUGAGCACUCCUCCACACACUGCCCUGCCCUGCCCCAAGAGUACUGGCAUCUUUAGCUGUAUUUAAAAAAAAAAAAAAAAAUGAAUAAAAAAAGUGAAAAAGAAAGCAGAUUAUGCAAUUUCUACACUUUGAGAUUUGUACAUAUGUACAGUUAAUGUGUUUUAUUUUGAUUUUAUAUUGUUAGAAAAAGAGACGAGAAAAAAACAAUGAAUUGUGAAAUUUUUUGGGAAUUGUAAUUAAGUAUUUUUCUCAUUCUACCCCUUGCUUUCAAUACUUAUGUUUAAAAAGACGAUUAAAUUGUGGACUGUAGCUUUCUUUUUUAUAUGGGAGUCUUUUUUUAUUUAAUAUUAA